AUGGCUGACGUGCUCACAGUCUCCUCCGCUGCCUCUCCGUUUCCCUUCGCUGCCGUCGCGAUCGCGACAUACACCCAAAAAGUCGAGCUCGCGUUCGACGAGAGCGCAUCGGGCGUUACAUUAGAGCUUGAUGGCUCAAAGAUCACCGCCGAGGACCAGGUCGUGCAGGCCCUCGCCAAAGCAGGCGGCCUCCCGGAGGACGGUGCCAAGGCAUCGGCAUACUUUGCACUUGCAAAGACACUGCCGACCUUGACCGCCUUUCCCGAAAUCGUCGCCGUCCUGGACUCGUUUGACGAUCAUCUAGCCUUUCGCACCUACCUCGUGGGCCAACAAAUCACAGGUUCCGACUGGAUCGUGUGGGGCGCUUUCAAAGGAAGUGUGAAGAUCGUUGGCUUGCUCAAGAACAACAAGCACCCGCAUCUUCUCCGGUGGUUCUCACAUCUCGAGUCUCUCGAAUCUACACAGCUUGCUAUUGCAAGCCUUGCCGAGGCAAAAUCGAGCAAGGCGCGAUUAAAUAAGACUGCCGCGUCAUUCGCGCUCGGCCUAGCAAAUGCAAAGGAGGGUGAGGUCGUGACGCGCUUCCCGCCCGAGCCGAGUGGCUAUCUCCAUAUUGGCCAUGCGAAAGCGGCCAUGCUGAACCAGUACUUCGCGCAGAUGUACAAAGGGAAGAUGUUGAUCCGAUUUGACGACACGAACCCCACGAAAGAGAGGACCGAGUUUGAGGAGACGAUCCUCGAGGAUCUUGCCCUGCUGGAGAUCCAUGGAGACAAAUUGUCGCACACAUCGGAUUACUUUGACGAGCUGUACGAACUAGCGUUGAAGAUAAUCAAAAUUGGCAAGGCCUACGCUGACGACACCGAGCAGACCCAGAUGCGGGAGGAGCGGUACCACGGCGUUGCGUCAAAACAUCGAGACGACAGCGUCGAGGACAACCUCAAGCACUUUGCGGAGAUGAAGGCGGGGACUGAGGAGGGUGUGCGGUGGUGUAUCCGUGCGAAGAUGAGUGUCGACAACCCCAACAAAGCGAUGCGUGACCCCGUCAUCUAUCGCUGCAACCUCCUGCCGCAUCACCGAACGGGAUCGAAGUGGAAGGUGUACCCAACAUACGAUUUUGCUUGCCCCAUCGUAGAUUCGCUCGAAGGCGUCACGCACGCACUGCGGACAAACGAGUACCGCGACCGGAACCCCCAGUACUACUGGAUGAUCGAAGCCCUCGGCCUGCGUCCUGUCCACAUCUGGGACUUCAGUCGUCUCAACCUCAUUUAUACUCUCCUUUCCAAGCGCAAACUACACUGGUUUGUCGACCAGGGUCUCGUUCGUGGCUGGGAUGACCCGAGGUUCCCCACCGUCCGAGGUAUCCGCCGAAGAGGUUUGACAGUGGAAGCGCUGCGCCAGUUCAUGCUUGCGCAAGGUCCUUCACAAGCGAUCGUCUCACUCGAGUGGGACUCGCUGUGGACACUGAACAAGAAAGUCAUUGACCCCAUCGCACCACGAUUCUGGGCAAUUGCGAAGAGUGAUAUAGUGCCGGUGACUAUCAAGGGUGGACCUGCUGACCCUGAGGUCAAGAGCCUUCCAAAACACAAGAAGAACCCUGGGGUCGGGGAGAAGCAGACUGUCUUUUCUUCUUAUGUUUUCGUCGAGCAGGAAGAUGCUCUCUCGUUCGACGACCAGGAGGAGAUCACCUUAAUGGACUGGGGUAAUGCUUUCGUGCGUUCCAAGACGGUGAACUCCGCAGGUAUAAUCACCGCGAUUGAGAUGGAGCUGCACCUCUCAGGCGACUUCCGCAAGACCAAGAAAAAGAUCACAUGGCUCGCCCAGCCCACACCCGCGCACACGCUCGUCGACGUCACACUGCUCGACUAUGACUACCUCAUUACGAAGAAGAAGCUCGAAGAGAACGAUGAUGUCCAGGACUUCGUCACGCCCAUCACCGAGUUCCGUGAAGACGCGCUCGCGGACGCGAACGUGCGCAAGCUCAGGAAGAGCGACAUCAUCCAGUUCGAGCGCAAAGGUUACUACAUCUUUGAUGGUGUGGCACCCGACGGCCGCCUCGAGUUCAUCCAUAUCCCCGAUGGCCGCGCUGCCAGUAUUGCAAGCAAGGCAAAUUCGCAGAGCGCGACGCCUAUUACUGCUCCGCCGCUCAUCAAAGGGAAGGGCGCAGAGGCGAAGAGCACGUCAAAGGCGCUCUUUGACACCCCGACAGAUACGAAGAUGUACUCUGUUUCGACUGUAUACGGGGAGGGAGAAGUGGUAGUGCCUGCGGACACGAAGAUGUACAAGGUCAAGAAUGUUUACGAUGCAUAG